AUGGGUACGUUUCGAGGCCGGCGAACCCGAAAUCACUCGCUAGGCCUCACUCCUUACUAUACAGCAAGACUAACAAGCGCCUAUAAGCUACUCGGAAGCGGUCUUGCCGGUAUUAUUGGAUUAUGUUUUACGUUUAUUUGCGUAAUUGUUUCUUCGGAAUUCAGGCACUCAAUUUCUAGGGGAUUUGUUCAUCCACCGAUAGCUCAAGCAAUUCGAUACAAACUUUUCAAAAUUGAUCCGAUACCGAAAAAUGCAAUUGUAUUCGGAGAAUCUUUUUCUUUUGAAGGGGAUGAGGGAAAGAAACAAAGAUCCUUUGAAUUUUCAUACAACGUUUCAGAUAAUAAUACCGAAACUUACGACACGGAGGAAGAAGCUAACGAGACUAAAACAGAAAAUAUACCAAUAAAUGAAACAGAUGAUAUUAGUGAUAGUAGUGCGAAUGACGAUGAUGAAAGCCAAAAUGAUUCUCAAAAUAUUAAAGAUAAAGAAGAAGACCCUCAUAGAAAUAUUGUAACUUCAACUUCUGUUAACACAAAAGCUGCAGAUGAUUUUUUCCGUCAGGAUCAGGUCGUCCAUCAUCCGAUAGUAGAGAGUUUAGGUAAUUAA